GUUGCCCCAAGCAGCGCUCCUCAAGAGAGCAGGAAAGAGAGCUCCAAGUAGUGGGGGCAGAGCAACAAGCAGCGGCAGAGAGCGAGAGAGAGGCGUCCAGCAGGUUUCCAGGAUGGGUGCAGGUGAUGCGGAGAACGGCAAGAAGAUCUUCGUGCAGAAGUGUGCCCAGUGCCACACCUACGAGGUGGGUGGCAAGCACAAGGUGGGUCCGAAUCUGGGCGGGAUCGUGGGCCGCAAGAGCGGAACUGCACCGGGUUACAAGUACACGGAGGCCAAUCAGAAAAAGGGCGUCACCUGGUCGGAGGGCAAUCUGGACGAGUAUCUCAAGGACCCCAAGAAGUUCAUUCCCGGCACCAAAAUGGUCUUCGCCGGUCUCAAAAAGCCCGAAGAACGGGCCGAUUUGAUCGCCUUCCUCAAGACAAACAAGUAAAGGAAAAAUGCCUACGAAACAACAAGAUUGGUAGUCAUAAUAUCAGGAACACUGCGCCAAAGA